CAAUCCAAUAGAUAACGAGUCCUAAAUCCCGGACGGAAAAUAGAGAGAGUAAAGUCUUCAGACAGGAAAGGAAAAAGAAGGAAUGACUUAUUAUUAAUAAAAUAAAGGAGAGGACCCAGCACUGCCUUACUGGUCUGCUCUGCUCUGGCCAAACCCCUCUCCCCUAUUCCACACAUCAUAUAGAUCACGCCGCACUGAGUCCCCAUGGCACCACCAACCAAAUCCUAAUGCCGGCCACUCUUAGGAACCAUCGAAACCCCUUUUGCUCGCUUUCUAUCGAAGGUUUUCUCUCUUUCCAUGAUUCUUGAGGUUUGUUCACUCCUCAAAGCGCACUUUUUAUCGUGUAACUAAGGGAAAUAUUGCAUUUUUAUGCGAUUGGGAGUGAGAUCUAUGCUAAAUUAUGGAGCUUUUGUCUGUACAUAGCGGUUUUUUUAAUAGUUGAUCUGUGGUGGGUAUUUUGGGAUUUUGUGGUUUGGUUUAGAUCUGGAGUGGUGGGCAUUAAUGGCUGGCCACCACUUUGUGUACAUACAUCUCUGAAGGGAAGGAGAGUUUUUUUAUUUUUAUUUUUGUUAAUAUUUUGUUAGUUUGGGUUUUGGUAUUUGGAUUUAUGUUAGCUCAUAUAUGUAUAUGGGCAAGAGAAAAGUUGGAUUUUUUGUGUGAUUAAUGUGAGUGAUUUUGGGGAGAGUGGUUGGUUAAGGACGGAUUCGUUGUUGUAUUUGAAGGUGAGGACUGCGGAGGGAAGGGAAGCACCUAUGUCUUUCAAAAGUGUGCUCCAAGGUAUGAAAGGUGAGCUUGGGAGUAUCUCAAGGAAAGGGUUUGAUGUUAAGUUUGGGAGGUCAAGAUCACAAAGGGUGGUUCAAGAUAGCUUGGUUAAAGUUGAUGCUAUGAAGCAGAGUUGCUGGGCUAAUAUGCCGCCGGAGCUUUUGAGGGAUGUGCUGAUGAGGAUAGAAGCAUCUGAAGACGCAUGGCCUCCUCGGAAAAAUGUGGUUGCUUGUGCUGGUGUUUGCCGGAAUUGGAGGGAAAUAGUCAAAGAAAUAGUGAAAUCACCUGAAUUUUCUGGCAAGUUGACGUUUCCCAUCUCCUUGAAGCAGCCUGGUCCAAGGGAUUUUGUUCUUCAAUGCUUUAUAAAGCGCAAUCGAAGCAACCAAACUUACUAUCUUUACCUCGGCUUAAAUCAAGCUUCCACAGACGAUGGAAAAUUUCUUCUUGCAGCACGCAAAUGUAGACGUCCAACUUGCACAGAUUACAUCAUCUCUCUAAAUUCCGAAGACGUGUCUAAAGGAAGCAGUACCUAUCUUGGGAAGUUAAGAUCAAACUUUCUAGGGACCAAGUUUACAAUCUAUGAUGCCCAACCUCCAAAUUCUGGAGCUAAAGUUACUAAAUGUCGUUCUACCAGGCUUGUAAAUAUGAAGCAAGUUUCCCCAAGAGUUCCUGCUGGCAAUUAUCCCGUAGCACAUAUUUCUUAUGAGUUAAACGUGUUGGGCUCUAGGGGACCAAGGAGGAUGCAGUGUGUCAUGGAUGCCAUUCCUGCUCGUUCUAUUGAGCCAGGAGGUGCAGCACCAACCCCGACUGAAUUUCUGCAUAGCAGUGUGGAUACUUUUCCAUCCCUUCCUUUCUUCAGAUCAAAAUCAACCCGCAUUGAGAGUUUUCAACCAGAAUUUCCAUCUGGUCAAAAUGAAGGAUUGCUUGUGCUGAGGAACAAAGCUCCUAGGUGGCAUGAACAACUGCAAUGCUGGUGUCUGAAUUUCAAUGGACGGGUAACAGUUGCUUCGGUGAAGAAUUUUCAGCUUGUCGCUUCUCUGGAGAAUGGAGCAGCUGGGCAGGAGCAUGAGAAUGUCAUUCUCCAGUUCGGAAAAGUUGGAAAGGAUGUUUUUACCAUGGAUUAUCAGUAUCCCAUCUCAGCUUUUCAGGCGUUUGCCAUAUGUCUCAGCAGCUUUGACACAAAGAUCGCAUGUGAAUGAAUAGCAGAGGCAUCUUUGACCUAGCAAUUCUUACCUGUAGUUUGUAUUCAUAUGAAAGUAUCUUUCGGGUGUACUAUUUUUUUUCUUUUUUAACCAAGUUUGGAAUUUGAGAAAAUACUAAAAUUUUCCAUCUACCUAGAAUAUCCUUUAAAGCUAUGUAGCCCAAUUCCAACAAAAGAAAAAAAAAUCCAUCAGAAUUGUUUGUCUCCUUUUGUGGUUUAGCGAUCAAACUCGGCUGUUUUCAGCAUGUUGAAUUAAUGCAUUUGGUUGUUUAGUAUA